AGGCAGCGGCGGAGGAAGCAUCCGGUGGGCGAUCACUCGAUUCAGACGUGGCGGGGUCAUCGGAUUGCCCGGACGUUGAUUCAACCGGCGUUUUCCCCGGAGGCAUUGACGGGGGGGAGGUACGUGGUCACAGGGAGCGCGGACGGCCGCCUCUUUGCCUACGACACUUUGGCCGCAGAGGGGGAAGAAGCGGGGCAGGCCGGGCGGGAGGACGGGCGGGCGGUGGAAAAGCUGGCUUUCCACGACGACGUGGUUCGCACCGUGGCGUUUGCGCCUCAGGUGGACCUGAUGGUGUCCGCAGGGUGGGACGGCAGCCUGGGCCUGUGGCGUUUCCAAGGACAGCGGGCCAAGGGGGAGGGGGG